CAUUGACCUCGCAGUUAUGGUUCUGGUUUCUAGUCCCAAACGGUAACAUUAUUAGCUAACAGCUAUACAGCAGUUUGAACAGCAACUAGUCAAAAAAACAUUCGGAGGAAUAAAUCCGUUGUGAUUGGAGUAGGUACAAAGACUCUGCAUUCAUGUCGGGCAGGAGCACCGCUGUGGAGUGGGUAGAGACAACCGAGGAGGUAGUUAUAACAGAGGAGUGCCUACCCCCUGAAAGCAACACACCUGCAGUGUUACCGGUUUUAGAGCCAGCAGAAACACCUAUCCAGAAGCUACUGGACACUGUGGGAAAUGGAGAUAACCCAGAGGCUGAUGGGGGCUUUUAUUGUGAGGAGUGUCUGCCUCUCUUCCAGGAACAGAGUGACCCCACCACCCUAAGCGGCCCAUCUUUUAUUCUGGACUUCCCUACGAGUACUGGUCUCCCCCAGAGGGCCCUCCUCUCUCUGCCCUAUGGCCUGACCAUCGGCAGAUCUAGUAUUCCCGGUGCAGGCGUCGGGGUCACAAAUCACGGCCAAACAGUGUCUCCGGGAAUGCAUUUUGGACCCUAUGAGGGGGACGUGACAACAAGAGAAAAUGCCAUGGCAAGUGACUUCUCCUGGGAGAUUUACAAAGAAAAAGAUGAAUAUGAGUACAUUGAUGCUGCCAGAGAUACACACUCAAACUGGAUGAGGUACGUCAAUUUUGCUCGAAAUAAAGACGAGACGAAUUUGCUGGCGGUCCAGUACAAAGGCAGCAUCCUUUAUCACUGCUGUCGCACCAUACACCCUGGAGAGGAGCUCAUGGUGUGGCCCAGCAGCAAAUUUCUCGACCGUUUCAGUGAAGCUUGGACUCAGGUCUGGGUCAUGAAGCUGAAUGCAACAGAGAGUAGCACUUCUGCGACAUCUCAGAUCUUCCCAUGCUCCCACUGUCAGCUGCCCUUCACUACAGAGUCCUUUCUUCAGCUACAUACAGAGUACUACCACAUUCAGCCUGAGGAGGACUGCUUACCGGCUGCUGAGGCAGCUGAGCCUGAAAAUCCCUCUUCGUAUACUGACUCAAUUCCCUCUGCAGCAUCCCUGAUGGUGGUUUGUGUUGAUACUGUUGAGUCGAACACAUGCGGCGAUUGCGGGAAGAUUUUCAAGCAAAUACCUCACCUUAGGAGGCACAAGCUUUGCGUCCACUCAAACAAACGUCCGUACUGCUGUACACAGUGCAGGCGGAGUUUCAGCCAAGCUUCUGGCUUAGUCAGACACCAGCUAGUUCACAGGAAGCGGGCGGUGAUAAAAGGCAAAACAAAAAUUCCAAAUCAGAACAGCAGGGAGAAGAAAGAAAACGUGAUGUCGGAGGUUUUAAACACUGCAGAGCCAUCUAUAAUUGAAGAGACAACAGACUUGAAUGUAAGUGAGAGUGUGCAAGAAGCUAUGGAUGUAACUGAGAACACUUUCCAGUCAAAUUCUUCAGACUGCAGUAAGAGUUUCAUAAAUGAAGAAGAAUCCCCAAAGAAGCAUAAGAUGGCUGGCCAUGAAAAGUUGCGUCCGUACGUCUGCAAGUUGUGUCAGAAGUGCUUCGGACAGUACAACGACCUCACCAGGCACCUGCGGGGUCAUCAGAAACAAGAAAACAAGAGCGAUGAAAAAACAAAAGAGGCUCCGGAUGAGUCUUCUACCGUGCCCUUUAGCUGUACUGAGUGCUCACUGACUUUUUCCUCUGUGGACACCCUUCAGCUGCACAUAACUGAGCAUCACUCAGAGGAAGCAUCAAUGGAAAAUCAAGAAGCUGAUCAGAGCCAUGAUCCAGACUUCACUCCUCCACCGUCAGUAGCUGAAAUAGUAGAAUCAGUCCAAAAACGUCAGAGACCUCAGCGACUUGGAGCCAGAUCCAAAAUUUCCGCCAUAACCAAACUCAUAGCUCCAAAACGAAGGGCAGCCAUCUUAAAGAAGUCGUUGACCAGCGCUGUGCAGACGGAGAAGACCUCCAACGAAUCCGAGGCCACAAAUGGAGAGUUAGAAAAAUACAAAUGGUUCAGCUGCCAUCGCUGUAAAUGCACAUACCAGAACCCGGAUGAUCUUAAGGCACACAAGUGUGCUUUAAAGGAGCUCAAAUGUGGUCAGUGUGAGGCAACAUUCAAAACUACUGGCCUUCUGAAAAGGCACGAGCAGACGGUGCAUUCAAAUACAAAGUCGUACAGUUGUGACCGCUGCGGCAAAUCCUUCACUACAUCUAGUAACCUCAAACAGCAUCGCAAGAGCAACACUUGCAUGAAGUAUCACUGCACGUCAGAGCCUUUCCCGUGCACAUACUGUCAGUUCUCCUUCACCAUGAAGAGCUACCUUAUCAAACACGUCAAGAGGCACCACCCAGUGGAGUAUCUGGCCCAUUGUGAUUCCGACAACCUUGCAAUUCAGUUGGAGGAAGAGGAAGUGGAAGAGAAGGGAGAAAAGGAAUAUGUAUGCCCCGGUUGUGGGAAGAGUGCCAAAGCUUUAAAAGCGCACGCAUGCUUCCAGCAGGUGAAGGUGCUGUACUUGUGCACAGACUGCGGGAAGGGCUUCACGAACCACUAUGGUCUGAAGCAACAUCAGCGCGUCCACACGGGCGAGAAGCCGUUCAGCUGCCCUCACUGCAGCAAGAGCUUCUCCUACACGGGACAGCUCAAUGUGCACGUCAGGACUCACACAGGGGAGAGACCAUACCUGUGCACACACUGUGGGGAGAGCUUCCGGCAGUCCGGAGACCUGAAGCGACACGAGAGGAAGCACACGGGGGUCCGGCCCUACAGCUGCUCCGAGUGUUGCAAAAGCUUCAGCCGCCCGCAGAGUCUCAAAGCUCACCAGUUGCUUCACCUGGGACAGAGGAUGUUCAAAUGCACCCAGUGCGGGAAGAGCUUCUCCAGGAACUAUCACCUCAGGAGACACCAUCAGAAGAUGCACUUGUAGUCACAUUUUGAGGGUGUAGAGGAGCUUUAAGGGAUAGUUUGGCUACUUUUGAAGUUGGGUUGUAAGAAGUACCUACUGUAUACUUAAUCAGUAUUACAGUAGAUUGCAGUAAGCAUGGAAGCUAAGCUGUGGGUGUGGCGACAUCAUAAUAUAUUUUAGCCACCUAUUAAGACAUCUUUCUAGCUAAUCUAUUAAUAAGUACCUCUCACAACCCCACUUCCAAAGAAUCCAUAAUAUUCCUUUAAUUGUUGCCAUUUCAAACUGAAUUGCACUUGAUAGAUUUUCUUCUAGGUCAGUUACGUAACUUUAUUUUAAAUUAAGUUUGUUUAAAGCAUUACAUAACCAAAAAUUGAUUUAUGUGAAAAAAUAUUUGUUUUAGUUAUUUGAAAGCAGAAAACAAAUUAACACAAACAAGUCAUUCAAUACAAUUGAUAAAAAAUAAGUUAAGGAGCUCACCAGUCCGACAAAUGCUUAUUGUCUCUCAAUGUCAGCUUGCUUUAAAAUAAAAAACACAAACUUGCUCAUCA